AUGGCCGCGUACGUGGACUUUGAGACGACCAUGGGUACCUUCACCAUGGAGCUGUACACGCAGCAUGCACCGCGCACGUGCAAGAACAUCACCGAGCUCGCCCGGCGUGGUUACUACGACAACACGAUCUUCCAUCGCAUCAUCAAGGACUUUAUGAUCCAAGGCGGCGAUCCGACCGGAACGGGCCGCGGUGGUGAAUCCAUCUACGGUGGCAAGUUCGAGGACGAGAUCUCGCGCGACCUCAAGCACACUGGCGCUGGCGUCCUCUCCAUGGCGAACGCUGGUCCCAACACGAACGGCAGCCAGUUCUUCAUCACGCUCGCGCCAACCCCGUGGCUUGAUGGUAAGCACACGGUCUUUGGCCGUAUCUCGGAGGGCAUGGGCGUCAUCAAGCGGAUGGGCCUCGUCCAGACCGGCGCCAACGACAAGCCCCGCGACGACAUUCGCAUCGUCCGCGCCACGCCGCGUUCGUAA